AUGUUCAUAACAUUUUUUCAAGCUAAACUGCCUCAUUGGUCUAGUGGUCAGGUGUCGGAAUUAAAUGCAAGUGUACUCUUGCAGGUCCCAGGUUCGAGUCCUGGCAUGGACAAAAAAAAAAAAAAUUAUAAUGAGCUUGCUGUGAAAACUUUUAAGUCGGAUUUAUUUUAUGGGGAUGAAAAAUGUGAAUAA